AUGCCGGGGGCAAUCAACUGGGAGCCACCAGCUUCACAGGCUAGCUCGCAUAUCAUGGGCAUGAUGAUGCUGAAAAAGAGGAAGAGGGAUGCAGAGUCCGGACAGGAAAGCAGCUCGGCGUUAUCGCCUUCGAUACAUGCGUCUUCAGGCCCUCACGCAAGGGUAGAAUCCUCUACUAUAAGUCCUGUAUGCUCUCGGACGAACCUGGGCUUAUCUCCAUCCAAACCGCGAAUCAAGCCCUUGAUAUCAACCUUGAAGAAAAGACGACUGGAUCCGAAGACCACACCCUCUCAGCCUCCACAGCCUUUUCUACUGUACCCUCGAACAUCACAGGCAGGGGGGAACCUACAACAUGUUCGAAACAAUACACACUCCUUUGCUACAACUGCUACAGCUGCUACGUCAGACGAUUAUAUUAUGAAGAAUGCAGGCGAUGCACCUAGACAUGCUCAUGGAUACCACAUAUCAGACGACGAACUCGAUAGAUCAAUACCAGAGAUUCGUCGACAGACCGGUUCUGCACCGAACAGGGCAGCUACAGGCGAUAAACAGACCCUUGCUCCAUGCCACAUUUGCCACCGACGCCCUACGACACGGACAGCGCUGGACGCCUACGCAGAUUGCGAAAUAUGCCAUAGGAGAGCAUGUUUCGUCUGUUUAAGAGAAUGUGAGGACGUUUACUGCCGAGAACGAGGAAUGAAUAUGGACAGGGAGUACUGCGGAAGGGAUGAACGGGGAGAAUAUCCUGGUCGGAGGAUAUGCUCGUCCUGUGCUGUGGAAGGCAUCCUUGAGACCGGAGAAGAAGUCGUUCGUUGUCUUAUUUGCGUUGAGCAUGGAUAG